CAAAUUGAUAGAAUACAUGAUCGUAUUGUGUGUUCUCAACUCUAGUUCCAGUGGAAAGAUCUGUCUCAUAGAUUAGCUAAAUACAACUAAACGACAACGGCGGCGACCACAUAGUCAGGGAUCUCCCCACACUUUUUUACUCUCCAAGUCAGAAUCACUCCGCACUACAACGAACCGAAAGAAGUUAUAUUAAAUUCGCAAUCAAGUCGGACAUUUAAAACGUUUCUGAAUCUCUUGUCGAUAAGAUGCUAGUUUUCUUGUGCUGAGUGAGACUGUCUGCUGCUACAAAAAAAGUUAAACGCAACGUGUGCAGUUCUACGCCGAAAAAAAGAAUUAAUUUAUUUUAUUAAAAAAAAAAACAAAAACAACAAAAGCUUUAAAAAAUAAAUUCAAGUGGUAAUGGACAUUUAAAAAUUCCCUCCAGUAAAGAAGCUUAACCCAUCAUUGCGCCUUAAGUCUUCCAAUUGAGAUUAUUAUAUUUCUUUAGUUGGCACCAUCCUGAAAUUAGAAUUUAUCAUAUCAUAAAAAUUAUAACCGAACGCCCGCCCACAUAACUCAAUUUUUUUGUGAUACCACAUUACAUUUAGCAAUUGGGCAAACAACCAGUCGAAAUCAUAAGCAGCAACACCAUGAAUACCACAUCGGCAUUUGAUGAUAAUUUAGUUCAAUUGUAUACACAUCUUGUCAAGAAUUAUGUACCGGAAUAUUUCAAAGGCUUCGAAUAUACACCAUGGGUAUUUUCACUGCUGGGUUCAGUUGUAAUUGGUUUAAGUGGGAUUUUGCCACUAAUCAUAAUACCCAAUGAUGAAAAAUUGAAACAACAAGGAUAUUCAGAUCCUGGUGAAUCAAAGUUCCUUAAAGUUUUGUUAAGUUUUGCCGUAGGCGGUCUGUUGGGCGAUGUAUUUUUGCAUCUAUUACCCGAAGCCUGGGAGGGUGAUAGUGAUUUAUCCUCUUCAUCCUCGGACCAUCCUUCAUUGCGUUCCGGUCUCUGGGUUCUAGCCGGUAUACUUAUAUUUACAAUUGUGGAAAAAAUCUUCUCGGGUUAUUGUAAUGCCGAUGAAGAAAAUCCCCAACCAAAGUGUGUUGAAAUUGCCAACUGUUUAUUGCGCAAAAACGGCGGUAAACUGCCUGAUGGUAAAACCUCCGGCAGCUGUACUGGCAACGGUUCCUGUGAUAUUGAAGAUGUACCCAACGGUUGUUUCUUGCGUGAACGUGAACAGAAUAAAAAAGAACAACCAAAGAAAAUAGCUGGCUAUUUGAAUUUAAUGGCCAAUUCCAUUGAUAAUUUUACACAUGGCUUGGCGGUGGCUGGUUCAUUUUUGGUCUCAUUUCGUCAUGGUGUUUUGGCGACAUUUGCCAUUUUGUUGCACGAAAUUCCCCAUGAAGUCGGAGAUUUUGCUAUACUGUUGCGUUCCGGUUUUAGCCGAUGGGACGCUGCUCGCGCUCAGCUUUUAACUGCUGGUGCUGGUUUAAUGGGUGCCCUAGUAGCCAUUGGAGGCUCUGGCGUUACCUCAGCUAUGGAGGCUCGUACAUCAUGGAUUAUGCCAUUUACAGCUGGAGGCUUCUUACAUAUAGCAUUGGUUACAGUAUUACCGGAUUUAUUGCAAGAGGAAAAUCCCAAAGAAUCACUAAAGCAAUUACUUGCACUAUUAGGUGGCAUAGGACUGAUGGCUGUUAUGACUGUUCUGUUUGAACACUAAAUUAGUCUGUAAAUUAUAUAUUAUUUAUAAUAUAUAUUUAUAUUUUCAAAAAAUUGUUCUUCAAUCAUUUCUAUUUUUAAUUUUUUCGCAAAUUUAAAAUAUUUCGAAAAAGUACAAUAGCAUUGUGUAUAAAUAACAAUAUUACUUUAUUUAAUUUAAAAAAUUAAAGAUUUCUAAAUUUUGAAACUACUUUAUAAAUAAAAAUACAACUCCCAUUCUAUGUUAAUUAAAGUUAUAUUUUAAACUUUAACACUAGUUAGACACCAUAUGACAUUAUACAUACAUACCCACACCCAUAUACAAUAUUCAGUUGAAAAUAAUUAGUUAUUAUUGUUAAUUAGUUAUGUAGAAAUAGAUAUUCAACAUGCAAAUGAAUACGAUUUGAAUAAUUUAAAAAACAACUGCAUAUUAUUAACGAAACCUAUAAUAUAUUGACUAUUUUUUAGCAUUUUUAUAAAUUAUGUUUUUUAUUUAUAAAAGCCAUAAUUGUUUUUCCUUUCGUUUAUUAUGAAGUAAUUUAAUAUCGUUUUUUUUUUUUUUUUUUUUUUGAAUUUUAUUAAACUGCGUCUCGUUUAGAGAUCUAAAUUAUAUUUAUACAUAUGUAUAUAUUUAAGAAGAAAAAAAUAUGUGAUAUAACGCAUAAAAAAUAAUCAAAAAUAAUAAAAAACAUAUUUGAAAAUAGAUAAAAAAAAGAAAAUAAAUGAAAAAAAUA